AGAGUUGACAUUGAUGCUUCGGCAUUCACGCGCUCAACCUAUUAGUAUUUUCUUCUGUCUUUACUUUAGUUGAGGCUUUUAUUUUCAGGGAGUUUUAGGGAAAAAGGUAAUUAAGGACAAUGACCGUCACCUACCAGAAAAAUGUGUCCAACACUAGCUUCAUGGGCUUCGCCAAACUGCUUUUUAAGUGGCGGGGAAGUAUAUACAAACUGGUGUUCAAAGAAUUGCUAAUGUAUGGAUCUGCCUAUGCUAUCAUAAGUAUUUGCUACAGAUUUUACAUGACAGAAGAACAAAGAAGGCAGUUCGAGAAGGUAUCCUUGUACUGCAACCAGACUGCAGGACUUAUGCCCAUGUCCUUCGUUCUUGGCUUCUAUGUCACAUUCGUCGUAACACGAUGGUGGAAUCAGUUCCUCAAUUUACCAUGGCCUGACAGGAUAACGCACACAUUAGCUAUGUAUGUUAACGGCGCUGACGAUAGAGGCAGAAUAUUAAGACGGACUAUGGUACGAUACAUCAAUUUGGCCACAAUUAUUCUAUUUCAAACGAUUAGCGGCUCCGCUAAGAAAAGAUUUCCUACCAUGACGCACCUCAUAGAAGCUGGUCUAAUGACGCAUGAAGAAAAGCAAAUGUUCGAAAGCAUCAAAGUGACUGUAAAUAAGCACUGGAUUCCUUUCAUAUGGUUCAUUAACUUAGUGAAUAUUGCUGUAAAGGAAGGUCGUAUACAGCCAGGAGAACCUGUGAAACAGAUUUUAGAAGAGAUGAAUAACCUGAGAACAAAGACGGGGCACCUCUGGGGUCAUGACUGGGUGACAGUUCCUCUUGUGUACACUCAGGUGGUUACUCUUCUGACACACUUAUUUUUUAUGACAUGUCUCAUUGGAAGGCAGUUUUUGGAUCCUUCUCAGGGUUACAAAGGUCACGAUAUAGAUCUAUAUUUCCCAGUUUACACGUUUCUACAGUUCUUCUUCUUCCUAGGCUGGUUAAAAGUGGCUGAACAACUCAUUAAUCCUUUUGGUGAGGAUGAUGAUGAUUUUGAGACAAACUGGUUCAUCGACAGGAAUAUGCAGGUGUGCUAUGCCAUAGUGGACGAAAUGUACGGAAAAGUGGCGAAAUUUGACAAGGAUCCCCACUGGGGCACAUACUCAUUGGAUUUACCUUAUACGGAAGCCGCACUUGUCCACAAAAUACCUAAUUACAAAGGCUCAACAAUGAACAUAGUUGUUCCACCGAGAGAACAGAUUAUGGUGUUCGGCAAUGCAGAAGAACCUCCCAUGCAAGAAUCAGAGCACAGGUACAGUUACGUCCAAAACGUCUUUGCUCGCUAUUGUUGCUGUUGUUCCAUCCCAUGCGCACCUCCUUUGAAUAAGUAA